UUCUCCCACAAUGCACUGCACUGUUAUUGUUGGGACUGCCUGUCCAACAUGGCGGCUCCUGGCUGCGUCUUCCACAGAACCCUGACCCGGUCCAGACCCGGUCCGAACAAGGUGUCCUCCUCGUCUCCUGCCGUCUGCAGGGAGUCUCUGUAUGUGGUGGACCUGCAGCGGUACAGCAGAGACCAGGGGUCCUCGGUCUACUUCCCCCAGGCUGUCCUCAACGGCGAUGACCUGUUCGACGUCACGCUGACAGACGGGGAUUGCAGGCUUCGGGUGACUCUGGAUCCCGGUCUGAACCGGCUGGUGGAGAGAAACGUCCUGCGGCCCGGCUCGACGCUGUGGAACGCCACCUUCACCCCCGCCAUGACCGCUCAGCUCCCAGAAUGCCCCGGGGCCUCGGCAGAGACGGACAGCUACAGACUGGCGAGCGUGGAGGUCAGAGGCGGAGCCCCAGGUGACCGUGAGGAUGAGGGGGGCAGGAGGUUCGACGUGGACUCUCUGCCCUGGUUUGGAUCGUCAGAGCCAGCAGGUCCUGCGGUGCCUCUGAGAGCCAAUAGGAGCGUGUUUCUCCCCCUGUGGAACAACGUGGACUACAGCGGGGAGGUGUGGAGGGAAACCCCGCCCACUGAGGAGGGCGAGGACGAGGAGGAGGAGGAAGCGCUACGACCCGCUGUGACCGUGUCAGAGCUGCGUGACUCCUUCCUGUCCAGUCGCCGGGGCGUUGCCAGGGGUGCGUUCCAGCAUCAGCUGAUCGUUCGCAUCAUCAACAAGUCGCACCUGAUGUAUUAUGGGAGAACAGACCGCAACUGUGAGUGUCCAUAUAAGGCGGUGCUGGAGGUGUGUGACCGGACAGGAAGUGUGUGUGUGGUGUUGUGGAACAGCGUGUGUGUCAGUUGGUAUCGCUGUCUGAAGCCCGGUGACAUCAUCAGCCUGAGACGCUAUCGAGUCAAACAGCAUUACCAGGCUGAGCCGGACGAUAUAGAGAUCAGCGUGAACAGCAGGAAUCCUGCCGCUCGCAUCGCUGUUCUCCCAGAAUCCUCUGUUGCACCUGAACAUCUCCCGCCUUCUCCGACCUACAGCUUCUACAGCAGCGAAGAGCUCCUGGACCGCCCUCACGGCGCUGUGUGUGAUGUCAUCGGCCUGCUGACAUUCUCAGGGCGAUCAGAGCGAAUCAGGAGCAAGGAUGGCAGAGGGGUGGAGUUCCUGGAGUAUCGCUGGCUGCGAUUGGAGGACGGGACUACCAGUCAGCCAAUCAUGGUGAAGCUGUUCUCCACAUCUCAACCUGAGUCCCACCUGAAGCUCCACCCACUGUCGGUGGUGGUUUGUACCAGACUGAAGGUGAUCAAAGCUGCUGAUUGGACAGACGCCGCCUUCUACCUGACAAACACAACGUACACACAGGUGUACUGCACAGGACUGGGCCACCACUCGGAGAUGAGUUACCGCAGGCUCCGGCCGGUGCGACAGUUCCUCCAGUGGCUCCGGAGCCAGGAGGACGGAGAGGUGCUGAGCAGGGCUCUGAUUGGAGGAUUCUUUAUCCACCCGCCUUCUCCCGUCUCCUUGGAAACGUACAUGAAAGACAGGAGAGGAGAGCCUGGUUUCCUGCGAGGGGCGGAGCUUCAGAGGGAGGCGGAGAGGCUCAGUUACCGGGAGAGACGCACCUUCUGCAUCCAGGCAGCUGUUACCGUGGUGACGUACAGUCGCAGAGGACAGGAGGAUCGCUGUUUGUUCUGGAUGGACCGGGCUUCAUCUUUCUCACCCUCCUCCUCCUCGCCUCGCCUCUCUAAAUCCUCCUCUCACCCGUCUCCCUCCCCCUCUCUCUCCUCCUCCUCCUCCUCCCUCCUCCCGCUCCCCUCCACCCCUCGCUCAUUCAGGCCUCCUCUCUCCUCCUCUUCCUCUCUCUCUCCAGCGUCUCCAUCGUCGCCCCGCCCUCUGGACGGCACAGCCUGGAGGUCGCGUAAGAGGAAGCAGCUGCUGCCGGCUGAAACUCCAAAGAGGAGACAUCCGUGGGUCACAUUACAACCAGAACAGAGCAACAAGACAGUCAUUUUGUUCGAAGCCUCCAUGGAGUUUCUAGAAAGCAGAAACGCUGACGACGACGACGACGAUGACGACGAUGAUGAUGAUGACACCUCGUCCUUCGUCACUGCUCCCCUCCUCCCUGCUUUCCCGCCGGUGGCCGUGGAGACGCUGCCUAUGCGAUACGACCACGCCCAAAGGGAGGAGCAGGCGGCCGCCGUGGCGAUGGGUGGGCGGGCGGCGGCUGCCGGGAGGUUUGACUCCGCCCUCGAGGACUACUACACGCUGAGGCUGAGAGCUCUGUCAGACGGGGUGAUGGUGGACGCCGUCUUCCUCCCUCACUCCUCCACUCUGUCCUCGUCUCCUCCACUCCUCCCUCACUCCAACACCUGGACCUCCAUCCUAUCACAUGGAGCCUUCUCCUCACACACACCUCCACCUUCACCAGCUGACCUCAUCGGCAUGGCGGCCCAGCUGGCCAAUCAGAGGCUGGUGUGUGUCCUGGAGGCGUGUCACCUGGGCGGAGCCACAACUGAACUCAUCCUGAGCCGAGCGUUUCAGCUGAGCGACUGACACACACACACACACACAGACGUUCCACUGAUGCCUGAUGGGAGUUGUUGUUUUGUAACUUAUUGGUUUUAACAUUUUUAUACUCGAUCAUUUAAAGUAUUUAUCAAAGUAUUUUAUUGUGUUUAAAUGUACAUGUUGAUGAUGCACUUUACUGUUGUUGUAGUUUUUUAACUCGUUGAUGGGACGACACUAGUUUGUGUGCCACAUGUGAGUGGGAUGCUGGCAUUUGUAGUUCUUUGGUGACACUUUAGAUUACAACCUGCAAAUUACUGUGUAAUUAUCAGUACCUAUAUUAGUGUACAUGUAUUUACUGUAUAGGCGGCGUCAAUCAAAUACUCGUACCAGGACAAACACGUACAAUGGAAGAAAAGAAGCCAUCAGGGAACAACAGGAAACUACUUUGUGUUUAAGGGAUAAAUAAUUACAGGGUGCAGACUUAUCGUUAUUAUUAUAUUAAAGAAGAUAAAUUAUUUUAAAAGUACAGAUUCUGCCUCAACACCAGCUUUUGUGUCUUUUUAUAUCUCGUCACAUCAAUUUCACCUAGAAACAAACUUUAUUGAUUCUUACUGGACAAAUUACAGCAUAAAAACACUGUCACAAGCCUCUUUUCAUAAAAUUCAACUUAUAAUUAUUUCAAGGUUUAUAAUAAAGUUUUCUGACUGUAGUUUGGCUCAUUUUUAUCACAUGUAGUCGUCCUGUCUGCACUGUGUAUUUAUUGAAUAAAUACUAAACCUGAAUUUGUUACCCUCUUGGUCUCCGUACUUCUUCCCUUGUACCCCGUUAGUUUUUCAUUAGUACCCGAACAUACUAAAUAUUUACAUAGUAGUUUGUGGGCGGUAAUAUAAAAUGAUUCUGGUGUUUUAACAAACGCAGGAGGAAAGAAGAGCUGAUGAAAUGUGAUGAUCCAACAGACUGUUCAGAUACGUGUUUGUUCGUAGUUUUCAUGUCUGACUCACCGGCCACGUUGUGUUCGACAACUUACGCUACCUUUAGGUCUGCAAAGCUUUUAGUAUUUCUUACCCUGUGUUAGAAACACAGUUAAACAUAAAAAUACACGUCACAGAUGAUUAAACAGAAAACUCUUCAUAAAAUGAAGAACUUAGACGUCAGUAUUUAUAAAAUCCUGGUUCUCAUGUUCGAUCUGAAAGCAAAGCCUCGGUUUGAAGCUGCCAUAAAAACAUUAAUGUUUAAAUAACAUUUUGUGUUUUGACAAACAUGUUUUAAGACUGUGAAGGUUUUUGUGAAAUUAUUAAGUCUUUCCAGACAGUUGGUCCUCGGCUGCUUGUGUGUUUUUUCUAAGCUGUGUUUUACAGUCUAAUAAACUCUCCUGUCAAGUUAA